AUGUUGUUGGAAGAGCAGCGCUUCCUCCACGAGGAUUUGGAGCGCCUCGAGCAGGGCAUUGCCGACCGCAUCGGCGAAGAGCCCAGGACCAUCCACGACCGCCUCACGCGCGACCACCAGAUCUCCCAGUUCCUCGAUCGCAUAUCCGCGCAGUCGGACAAGCUGCUGUCGCUCUACAAGGAUGCCGACGGCACGCGCUCCAAGGAGAUCCAGCAGAUCGGGACCGGCGACCCCAUGGACGAGUUCUACAAGCAGCUAGGCGAGGUCAAGUCCUUUCAUGCGCGAUACCCCAACGAGCCCGUCGAAAACCUCGAGCGUGCCUACAAGCCCAAGAAGACGAUUGGUGAAGACCCCGCCAGCAGUCUCGUGGACUCCAUGUUCACGGGCGAGGAGGCCUACGGUCGCUUCUUUGACUUGCACACCUGCCACGAGUCCUACCUGAACCUCCCGAACCCGAAACGAUUAAGCUAUCUCCAGUACCUCGACUUGUUCGACAACUUCAAUCCCGGCGCCGGUGGCCCCAAGCGUGCCGAGAAGCUGACCGAUCAGUAUUUCCAGUAUGUUGGUGGGAUAGCACAAUACCUCGAGUCCUUCAUGCGGAGGACGCGGCCGUUGGAGAACGUCGACCGAGUACUGGCCGAUUUCGACAAGGAGUUCGAAGAGGCGUGGGACAAGGACGGGGUGGAGGGGUGGAAGUUGGAAACUGGGGACUCGGCAGGUGCGGCGCAUCAGACAAGCAGCGCCGACGCAGUCUGGUGUCCGGACUGCGAGAAGGAAUUCAAGAACGAUAACGUCUACAAGGGACAUCUGCCCGGAAAGAAGCACGUCAGAGCCGCAGCGGAGCGGAAGAGACGGAUAGAAGAGUCGGGCGAGGACACUAGCUCAGGUGGUGCUCAGCCAGGCGGCCCAUCUCCGACCCGGCUGAAGGAGCGUGCGAUUGCUGAGAGGGAGUUUCGGGUGAAGAAGCUUGCCGCCGCCAUGAGCACCGAGCGCAGCGACACCAGAGUCAACGUGGAGCGCAAACAGGGCAUGACAGAGCGUGAGCGUCAGCAAGAGCUCGAGAACCUUUUCAACGAGUCCAGUGCUGCUGCCCAAGCUGCGGACAACGACGAGGGCGAAGAAGAGGACGACGAUGAGAAGAUCUACAAUCCGCUCAAGCUACCACUGGCCUGGGACGGCAAGCCUAUCCCAUUCUGGCUAUAUAAGCUGCACGGAUUAGGCGUCGAGUUCCCAUGCGAGAUCUGCGGCAACUUUGUAUACAUGGGCAGGAGGGCGUUCGAUAAGCACUUCAACGAGGCACGGCAUAUCUAUGGCCUGAAGUGUCUCGGCGUCACCAACACUGCCUUAUUCCGUGAUAUCACCGCAAUCGACGAAGCUACGAGGUUAUGGGAGAAGAUUCAGAAGGACAAGAAGCAUGGCAAGGUCGACGAUGGCAGUGUGGUGCAAAUGGAGGACGCUGACGGUAAUGUCAUGCCUGAAAAGGUGUAUUAUGACUUGCAGAAGCAGGGUCUGUUGUAA